GAUAGCACGCCGGAUAGUUUAAAUAAAAAAUGAAAAAGUGAUUUCGAAAAUGAAAAAAAUCAAACGUUCGUGUUUUGUGUUUUUUAUUAAAGUUUUUAUGUUAGUUAAUGGGCAAUAUGUACAGUCGCCGUGUCCCGGUAUAUUUGACUAUCAAAGUGACGGUUCUAAUAUUUAUGGAGUGAUACGGUUAAAGUCGACCGGACCUGUGUCUUCGGUUAGCCUGAGGAUAAAUUUUACAGUAGCAACAAAACUUUUUUCUAAUUACGUAGGACGAAUAGAGCCCAUCGGGGAAAAUAGUGCACUACAGAACUUUAACAAUGGCGACCCGCUGGUGUAUAGGGUGCAUUUUCCGGUUACAUCCCCAUUGCCGAGACUAACGGAACUCGUUGUUAACGGAAAUGUACUCUGCUAUGGACAAGGAGAGACUCCAAGGCCGAAUGUUUACAUCACAACGAUCACCCUCAGCCACGUGCUGUACAUAAAAUCUACGUCAUCGAAUAUUUACAACCAAUUGAACAUCCAGCCAGCUCAAGAUCCCGCCCUACAACAAGUAGGGAACUACGGCAAUAAUGGUCAAUUGUUCACUUUCAAUGACAUCGAUAAUAAAGUUACUUGGAGUACGAACAAUAACAAAGUACACGAUUCCGUAAAUAAUAUACACCAGGAAUACAUGGAAAAGCCACCCGUGGAACAACCCAACGCCCAACCCGUAAAUGACUACUACACGUAUUACCACAGCGAGCCUACUUCGCAAGUAACGAGACCCCAAACACAAGUGUCUUUCUCGAGCCCUUCCAAGCCGGCUAUCCAGCAAUCGAACGUUCCACAGCAACAGCAGACGCAGCCACAAAUUAUUUUCCAACCCCAAACUCCGCCACAACCACAACCUCUACCACAGCCGCAACCUCUACCACAACCGCAACCACAACCACAGCCGCAACCACAACCACAGCCGCAACCAGCCCCAGUACCGAUACAGGCGCAACCGGAUCCACAAAUAAUACCGUCCACACCUUCACGGUUGCCCGUUGUCAACUCAGGCUCCACGGCAGUCGAAUGCGGUGUAAUAGCAGGUGGAAACGAAAGAGUACCAUUGAUUUACAACGGCCAGUCCUACGAGAGAGGUGACUGGCCGUGGCUCGUGGCCGUCUACAGAAGGAAAGAAGGAAGUUUAACUUUUAUCUGUGCUGGGACUUUGGUAUCUGAUCGUCACGUCGUCACGGCUGCCCAUUGCAUGCAUCAGAAGAACAAAAUAUCGACGCUCAAGGAUAUUGUUGUAAAAGUGGGCGUUUACAAUUUGGAAGAUUGGGGAGAUGACGUCAGCGUCACGAGAACGUUGGUGGCUGCGGAAAUACAUAAAAGUUACAAUGCAUCUACACUUGAAAAUGACGUACUAGUCGUUACCUUUGACAGGAAAGUGGAGUUCAGUACAUACAUCAGACCGGCUUGUCUGUGGAACGGCAAUGCUGAUUUAAGUCGUAUAGUGGGUGCUUCCGGUGUGGUCGCCGGUUGGGGCAGCAGUGAACUAGGACCGAGCGGUCAAGGGGAGCCGCGAAUGGUUCGGAUACCAAUAGUCAGCACAGCAGCAUGCAGAGCGAGUAAACCGGAGUUCCACAAGCUUACCUCUUCUAAUACUCUGUGCGCAGGUGAUCGCAAGGGUUCGGGACCUUGUAACGGCGAUUCAGGCGGUGGUCUUUAUAUUUUAGAUGGAGGAAGAUGGCGUCUUCGAGGAGUUGUCUCGCUUUCAUUACGUCCACAAAACGGAGACAAUUCUUGCAAUCUUAACGAAUAUAUAGUUUUCACUGACACAGCUCAGUAUCUUGGUUGGAUUAGAACAGUUAUUUCACAGAAUUUGUAUGAUUAAUGUGCAUACUAUAUUAUGAAUGAUAAUAUAUAAAAUGUCUGAAACACUGCGCCGACUAAUGAAUUAAUUAAUGUAAGCCAUGAGGCAUACUUCUUUGUGGUAUUCGAGUAUCGAUAUCACAUCUGUAUAGACUGCAUCGACAAAACAUAAAUUAAUUUAAUUUAACAUUGUCUUAAUUUAAUAAAUAAAUAA